AUGAUAGAGUUUUCUGUUGGUGGUAUUGCUCAUGGUCUGAUAUUUGUCUAUGUGGCAACAAUUAGUGUGGCACGUCGUCCUUUAUGGUCUGCAAUUGAGCAAAUAAAGACAAGCUUCUCGGGUCCUUUGCUGUUAGUUGGUGAUUUCAAUGCGAUUUUAGGAGCCCAUGAAAAGACGGGUGGUAGACUACCUACUCGUGUUUCUUGUGAUGACUUUCAGCAUAUGGUGGAUGUGUGUCAUUUGACACAAAUUGAUCUUAAAGGGUCACCGUUUACAUGGACAAAUGGUCAAGGAGUUGGCUCACAUAUUGAAAUGUUGUUGGACAGGUGCUUUUGUUCUAUUCCAUGGUUAGACUAUUGGCCGAUGACUAGUUGUUCCACUUUGGUUCGGCACUCUUCUGAUCAUAAUCCUCUCUUGAUUUCAUUCACCAAAUACAUUGCACAAGGUCCAAUUCCAUUCCGUUUUCAGAAGCUUUGGUUGGGGCACUUAGAUUUUCUUAAAAUUGUUCAAGUAGCAUGGCAAUCCUUUGAGGUAUGUGGUUGUCCUAUGUUUAUUCUACAAAAGAAGCUUAAGCUUUUAAAACCUAUUCUGAAGGAGUGGAAUGUUAAUGUCUUCGGUAAUGUUCAUACUGUUGUGGAUAGUGCACGCGCUGCCCUUGAAAAAAAUCAACUAGCCAUAUCUCUUGAUGGGUUUACUGAAGUGUGUCAUGUUGAAGAGCUUUUAGCCCAGGAUGCUUUAUCAAAUGCUUUAUUGGUUCAGGAAAAAUUCUGGGCGGAGAAGGCAAGGGUGAGGUGGGUUAGGGAAUGUGACAGAAAUAUUGGCUAUUUCCAUACUUUGGCAAAAAUUGGAAGAGCACGCUCCUCUAUCACUUCUCUUCGCAUUGGGAAUGACUUGGUGGAUGAUGUUAAUAUUUUGCGUGAUCAUGUUGUUCAGCAUUUUACAAGUGCCUUUUCAGAUGAUGGAAAUAUUGCUGAUACAGGUUUGGUUGAAAAUAUUAUUCCUUCAAUGGUUUCAGAUUCAGAAAAUGGCUCUUUACUUGCUAUUCCUUCUACUGAAGAUGUCAAAAAUGUUGUAUUUUUCAUGAAUGCUGAUAGUGCCCCAGUUGGGUUGGAUGUGGUCCGUGCUGUUAGAUCUUUCUUUCAGUCAGGUUAUAUACUGCCUAAUCUAAAUUCCAGCUUUGUGGCGCUUAUUCCAAAGGUUCAAGAAGCUGAUGUUAUCACUCAAUUUUGGCCCAUUGCUAUGGCUAAUGUUUCUUUUAAAAUUAUUACUCGCAUACUAGCAGACCGUCUUGCUCCUAUUGCUUCCAGGAUUAUAUUGCCGAAUCAAUUUGCUUUUUUGAAAGGAAGACAAACCUCUGAUUGCAUUUUUCUGACUUCUGAGUGUGUUAACUUGUUGGAUAAUAAAUGUCGUGGCGGGAAUGUUGCCAUUAAGUUUGAUGUAGCAAAGGCCUUUGAUACUCUGAAUUGGGACUUCCUUCGAAGGGUUCUUAACGCUUUUGGUUUUCAUGCAACUUUUGUGGAAUGGAUUAGUUCUAUAUUGGCUUCAGCUCGGCUCUCUAUCUUAUUUAAUGGCUCUUCAGUGGGAUUUUUUAGUUGUAGCCGUGGAGUUCGACAAGGUGAUCCACUGUCUCCUCUUCUUUUUUGCCUUGCUGAAGAGGUUCUUAGCCGUGGUAUCUUGCGUCUGGUUGAUAUGGGGCAUGUCCAAGCUAUAACCUCUCCUCGUGCUGUGAAAGUCCCUUCUCAUGUUUUAUUUGUUGAUGAUAUAAUGGUUUUUUGUAAGGGAGAUAAAAGAAGCCUACUAAAUCUUAUGGCUUUCUUUGAGGAGUACGGACUCAACUCGGGUCAAUUGGUGAACAAAACCAAGUCUCAUAUUUAUUUGGGGAAGUCAGCUCUUCAUCGUCGUACUCUAAUAUAUUCCUGGUUGGGUGUUUCAGUGGGUAAAUUGCCUUUCAUGUACCUUGGUGUGCCAAUUUUUGUUGGCCGCCCAAAGCGAAUUUACUUCCAAGUCUUGGCUGAUCGAAUUCGUAAUGUUAUGUCUAAUUGGAGAGGGCAUUCUCUUUCCAUGGCAGGACGGCCUAUGAGUUCAAGAGGAGUAAACAGGCAAUUGUUCUUUGGGAUAGAUGGGUUUGGCGUCAAUGCUUUCGUCCUCGAAACUCUGUUACUUUAUGGAAAUUUCUUCAUGGUUAAUACAGAUGGUGCUGCUCGUGGGACGCCAGGACUCGCGGGCUAUGGAGGUAUUUUUCGUGACCACUUGGGUAAUUGUAUGGGUUGUUUUGCUGGUUCCUUGGGUAUUGCUACUGCCCUAAAAGUAGAGCUUCAAGCCAUUAUUCAUGCAGUUUCAAUAGCAUCAGGAAAAGGAUGGACUUCUCUCUGGAUUGAGUGUGAUUCAGCGAUUCAGUUUUCACAUAUUUAUCGAGAAGGGAAUCAAGUGGCUGAUUGCUUAGCUAAUUAUGGGGUGGAUCAUGAGGGGCAUUAUUGGUGGGACUCUUGCCCUCCUUGUGCAUCAGCUGCCUUUGUUCACAAUCUGCAAGGGUUACCGAAUUUCCAUAUUAGCUAA